CGAAUUCUUGUUUUUGUUGCAUGACUUACUUCUCUGCUCUCUCCGCCCGGGACUGUCCUGCUCCUGCACCCCGUACCGCGCAUCUCGAGUGCUGAACACCUCUGGAAAACGGCCCUUGGAAAAGUCACGCGGCGAGGCGCCUGCACACCGGCCGAAGCUGUGUUCUGACGUCUGUAUAUCAAAGUGUAUGUGGAAGCACCUCCAGCCAUUUGGCCACCGUCGAACGAACAGCAAGCGAGGCAAGAACCGCGAUCGCGCCUCUCGCCCCCGUGCGAACACCGUUGGCGUUGAGCCUCAGGACAUAACCACCUCGGCACGCACCGAGAUCACCAACAGGCCCCACGAUCCUCAAAGUCUCACCCACACCAGCCCGACCCCGCAAGGCCCAAGCCACCACAGACUCAUGACCUCAGCGACCGUCAGCGAGACUCAUCAACCUCACAUUCCGCCUACAAGGGCGGGCCUCAAGACUUGGUGGAGCCAUUUUGCCUUUGCGCAGCGUACGAAGCGGGACGCAGAGGCCAAGAAGGAUGUGCAUCCACCAAGCGCCAUCUUCGGCAGACCACUACGCGACAGUCUCAAGCGGGCGAAUGUGCAAAUAUCAACGGCAGGGACAGGAGGGGAGCUCUAUGUCUGGGGUCACAUUCCGGUCGUCGUAGCGAAAUGUGGGUUAUACUUGAAGGAGAAUGCUACCGAGCUCGCAGGAACGUUCCGGGUGAACGGGUCGAACAAGCGCAUGCGAGAGCUGCAAGCGGCGUUUGAGACACCUCCAAGAUAUGGCAAAGACUUGGACUGGAAGAAUGAGCAUUACACUCCCCAUGAUGUCGCAAGCGUAUUCCGGCGGUAUCUCACCCAGAUGUCGGAGCCAGUAAUACCACACGAUCUGUACCAUCCAUUUCGGGAUGCGCUAGCAAAGAAGCCGUUCAACCGUGACGAAGCAAUUCAUCGUUACAAAAGACUCAUUCGCAUGCUACCAGACGACAACAAAUAUCUGCUCCUAUACGUGCUAGACCUGUUGUCCGUCUUUGCUCGAAAAGCUGACAAAAACCUCAUGACCGCAAAAAACUUAGCGGUCAUCUUCCGCCCUGCUCUUCUCUCACAUCCUUCGCACGAGUUGUCGCCACCGGAGCACCAGCUGAGCCAGGAUGUUCUGGAAUUCCUGAUCGAACACCAGGACUGGUUUAUGCUCGAUAUAUCGCCUUCGGGAAGCGGGAGCUCCAGGAGGGUGGCACCGACGGGCGUCGAACCCGUCGACAUGAUGAUCACAGAUGCCGACGACUCAUGGACGGCAAGCCAGGCGGGGCGAGUAACGCGGCGGCGCACGACGUCGGAACGGCCAGGCGGUGAGUCCGUUUCCCGAAAGCGUGAAGUGCAGCACAAGCGUAGACGGAAUGCUGAGCCCGAGCCCUCCGGCAACAGAAGCAACGCCCGGCGGACGCAUGCGCGAAGCGGAUAGUCUUGCCCCAGUGUACGAAUCGACGACACCGCCGUCACGCGGCGAGAGCGUCGUCACCGUCUCCCGGAGUCGCACCCUGCCGUCGCGGACGUCGCGCGGGCGCCCGCCACCGGCAAACGCCCCGCCGUCUGAUGACGAGUCACAUCCGAGAGUGCUCAAGAAACACAAACGGACGUCUACUCAACCCCAGUCGCGGCCUGGUGCCGGGUGACCACCGUGGCCAGCUCGUCUUCCCCUUUUCGCUUCCUUACUGUACUCCUAGACGUCUUCGAGCGCUUCGAUUUUCUGCUUCCUUAUACCCUCCAACCGUUUCUUCCUUCUGCUCACAUCCAUCGUCAUCAUCAUCGUAUCAAUCCUCCCGCGCAUUUAGAUGCGAGCUCUUUCUUGGGGUUUCGAGGAUGUGCUUUAUAAUACCCGUAACCUGCGAUACUCUCUCCCACCCCGCUGUCGUUGAGCUUCCUUUUUC